AAAAUAUUGAUUACUAUAUUAGUCAUACCUUGCCUGCCGGUCCCUGCCAAUUGCAGAAAGGACAAAUCCAUUUGUCCCCUAGGCAUACUUGAUUUCUCUCAACAAAUUCAUAUUCCCCAUCAUCGUCCCUCCUAACUACCCAAUCUUCUCUAGCUAUACUACCUCUCAAGAUCAGUCAGAAAACCAUAUGAUGAUGCAUGGUAGGUUAGCUAGAUAGACAAGAUUGAUAAUCCCUGCUAUGUAGUUCUUCAGUUGCAUGCAUCCAUGCACUAUCUGCCCUAGAUAGAACUUUCCCCUCAGAUCCAAGAAAGAUCCACCCCAGAAAUCCUACAUCUUGUGCUAGAGCAACCCAAUUAAUCCCAUAUACAUGGACCUGAUCUUGGGCACACUGGUGGAAGCCACUCAAGAAGUCCAAGAAAAACAUCAACAAGAGGAGCAGUGCCAAAAGCCAGAUCUCUUGUACCAACGACAACAAGUUUUAGGUCGAGAUCGCCAGCAUGGCGACAACGGCGACGGAAAGCGAACCGGCGCGGUGGAGCGGGAGCACAUGUUCGACAAGGUGCUGACCCCGAGCGACGUCGGCAAGCUCAACCGGUUGGUGGUGCCGAAGCAGCACGCGGAGCGGUUCUUCCCGGUGGCCGGCGCCGGGACGCAGCUGUGCUUCGAGGACCGCGCCGCCGAGCCGUGGAGGUUCCGGUACUCCUACUGGAGGAGCAGCCAGAGCUACGUCAUGACCAAGGGCUGGAGCCGCUUCGUCCGCGCCGCGCGCCUCGCCGCGGGGGACACCAUCUCCUUCUCCCGCGGCGCCGUGGGAGGCCGAUACUUCAUCGACUACCGCCACUGCCAGCGCCGCCGCCGCGAUAUCAACUUCAACGAUGCUGCCGCCCUGCCGGCGUGGCCGCUCCUCGGCCGGGUGAAAAGAACGGCGGCCGGUGGCAGCGGGGGUGCAACCAUGACCGUGGACACAGUGCCCGUCGCCCGUCAUCACGUCGAGGUGAAACCCACGGGGAUGAGGUGCUUCAGGCUCUUUGGGGUGAAUAUCGAGUACGGCGGCGACGACCCAGUGCCCGGUGGCGGAUGAGGAGUAUGCAGACGGUGACAGCCAUAGUCUAUAGGUAGAGCUACCAAUUCUAGCAACACACAAUGGGUGGCUACUGUCUUGAUUAGCUACACACAAUGGGUUCCAAUUGGGGAUGAUGAUUCUAGGUAAUUGCAUGAAUGGUUAUAGUUCAUUGUUUCUCCUGUUCUUUGGUUAGUUCCUCAUUCUUGUUCUCUUGUUCUUCUUGUUUAACUAUGUAGUGCAAUUUAUUACGACCAAGAGGGUAAGUAUAGUUGAGUAGAUCUAGCUGGUUGUGAGUUUCAUGAAGAAGUAAUCAUAGGUAUCCGAACAGCGAUUGAGUAAUAUGGAGUGUGUGUGUGUGUGUGUAUCCUACUCAUUGGUCUGUAAAGAUCAUCCUUUAUUAUUUCUGCAUAAUUUUAUGCACGUUCAAGCGGCGUUUAAUACCAUGUACAUCGGAUGGA